UACAACUUAACCUUCUACACUUUACACUUGUAAAUCGUUCUUGGCUAAAGACGCAAGAUAUAAUCACCAAAGACGAGAAAAAAAAUUUACUGUUGACAUUGAAGUGAAGUGAAAAAAAUACUGAAAAAUAAUAAAAAUGAAAUUGAGUUCUUGCAUUUGUGACAUUGCGGCUUGCACUCCAUCCUUAUAUUGUACCUGAUAACAACCAUUUACUUUCGAUACGAUAAAGUGAGAAAGCAUUACGGCAAAUUAACUUUCUCACUCUGAUUCAAACUGCCAACUUCGGCAUCACUCUGUGGGUGGAAUGCUCGGUUUAGAUAUAUACGUCAUUGCAAUUCGUCGUCAACAGGCGAGAAAAUGCAAAUACUACGGCAACUGGACGUGCACCCGAAAGUUCGUGAGGAAGCCGAUAUUCUCGUGAGGACCUUUAGCGGUGCCAUCGUUACAAUCAUUAGUACUAUCAUCAUGGGCAUAUUAUUUAUGUCAGAAAUAAACUAUUAUCUCACACCAACUAUGAGCGAAGAAUUAUUUGUAGAUACAUCUAGGGGCUCUAAAUUGAGGAUCAAUUUGGAUGUAAUAGUUCCAACUAUAUCUUGUGAUCUUUUAUCAGUAGAUGCAAUGGACACAACUGGUGUGCAAUAUUUGCAGAUAGAACAUAAUAUCUUUCAAAGACGGUUAGACUUAAAUGGUAAACCCAUAGAGGACCCACAGAGAACAAAUAUUACAAAAACCAAGGCUGUUGUGAAACCUACAGAUGAGGAAACACAGAUCAGCUCUACUACAAAAGUUUGUGGAGAUUGUUACGGAGCAGCUACAGAGACGUUAGAAUGUUGUAAUACUUGUGAUGAUGUACAAAUGGCUUAUAGACUUAAGAAAUGGGCUAUGCCAGACUUAGCUAAAAUUAAACAAUGUCAAAAUGAUAAAUCUGCAGACAAGUACAAGCAUGCCUUUACACAAGGCUGCCAAAUCUAUGGUUAUAUGGAAGUGAAUAGAGUUGGUGGGAGUUUUCACAUUGCUCCAGGUGAUAGUUAUUCCGUCAAUCAUGUACAUGUGCAUGAUGUUCAACCUUACAAUUCAAAUCACUUCAAUAUGACACAUAAAAUUAGACAUUUGAGCUUCGGACUCAAUAUCCCAGGAAAAACAAAUCCUAUGGAUGAUACCACCACAGUUGCUACGGAAGGUGCUAUGAUGUUUUAUUAUUAUAUCAAGAUCGUGCCAACAACGUAUGUCCGCGCGGACGGAUCGACCCUCUUAACGAAUCAAUUCUCAGUGACACGACAUUCGAAGCGGAUGCCGCUGUACAUGAGCGACUCCGGCAUGCCUGGCAUAUUUUUCAGCUACGAGCUGAGCCCGCUCAUGGUGAAGUACACGGAAAAAGCAAAGUCGUUCGGGCACUUUGCAACAAACACUUGUGCAAUCAUUGGCGGUGUAUUCACCGUGGCGGGACUGAUAGAUUCGCUACUUUAUCACUCAGUGCGCGCGAUACAGAAGAAAAUAGAGCUGGGAAAGUACAAUUAAAACUCGGGACCCAGUCGAUGUCGAUUACCGUUAAUCCCGAUCGGCCUCCUUCCUCUUGUCAAUGCAGAUUCUCAAAUGUAACUGGCAAACUUUCAAGAGUCCAUCUGACUUCGCGGCGAGAAGAGCUGAUUGGGACUGGCGUUGAUGCGACGCUCAGAAGAAUAAUUAAACAGAAUUACGAAAAGCAUUAAUGAGAAUGAUGUUGUUGCAGAAGCAUCGAUUUUUCCACCGAAGCCCGAUAUUUCUAUUGUGGAAUCUCAAUGCGCGUGUAACGCCAAAUAGAACUGUCAGUCAAUAAUUCGAUCUUACUUACUUACACUGGGACGUGUUUGUAUCGAAAUGUUAGAUAAGAAAGUAAAAGUAAAAUAACGGCUCGCCACACGCAACGGGAUGCGAAGAACGCUCUUUUUCUUUUUAUGACAAUUAUACAAAAAGAAAUGUAAAUUAUAUAUGUAUUAUGUAUAUGUAUAACGUAUGCUAAUUAUAUUCUUCGAGUCUUAUUUAAGUAAA